GAUCAGCUCCUGCAUCUGCUGAUGGGCUUAUAUUCACUAAUGGGAGUUCAUCAUUAAUUACAUUCGUAGUUUUGUAGAAGAAACAUUUUAGUGAUUAAAUCAAAAAUGGCUGAAGAAGCCGAAAACUGGGAUGAGCAUUCAGAAGAUGGAAUCCACAAAACACAAACUUCAGCUUCAGAUCAUAAUUCUGAAGAAAGAGCAUCAGGAGGAGAUUCUGUGGCUCUGCCUUGUGGUCAUCAAAGGCCAGCACAUUAUAUCAUCGCAUGGUUCAAGCAUUAUCUGAAACAGAGACAGACUGAGUUCACUUGUCCUGGAUUUAAUGCGGGCCAGAAGAAAACCUGUGGAGUGAAGCUGUCUUACCAGGACAUCUGCCGACUGAUUCCUCUGACGAGCAAACAGAGGGAAUUCUUAGAGGAGAAACUCUGUCUUCUCACUGCUGGAAAGCUCUGCGACUUCAAAGCUUGUCCAGGGUGCCUGUCCUUAGUGGAAAGACGAGAUGAGUCAAACCUGUGUGUACACUGCACUAUCUGCACAGCCAUCAAGAAACAGACAUACACUUUCUGCUGGAGCUGCCUGAGGGAGUGGAAGGGGCCUACCCAUAAUGCUGUGCGCUGCGGAAACGAGGACUGUGGUAGAUUCACUAUAACUGAAGAUUCUCUUGUGCCAUGCAGUCCUAAAUUUAAACAGGAGAAACUACGAGAAAUGGGACAUAAGAUUUACCCAAUGAAGGACAAGUCCUCUGACAGAAAACGUCUAGCGCUCCUAAUUAACAAUGUGGAGUUUGAAGAUGAAGAUCAAAACCGUGUCGGGGCAGAUAAGGAUGAGUCGAGGAUGGAGAGACUGCUGAAGGGUCUCGGUUACACUGUGGUGACACUAAGAGACCUCACGGCACAGGGUAUGAAAUGUGCCAUGAAAGACUUCGCCCAGCGACAGGAGCACUUCCAAUCAGACAGCUGCUUUGUGGUGUUCAUGUCACAUGGAAACGACAAAGGAAUCAGUGGAGUUUCCUUAAUAAGGAAUUCUGAUGAGGACAUUUUCUCCAUAGAUGAAAUCUUUAAUAGCUUGAACACUCCAAACUGUCCUGGACUGCGAGACAAACCCAAAAUCAUCCUUAUCCAGUCAUGUCGGGGUGGUAAAGAUGGAUGUGUGGAGGUCCAGGACAGUGUGCCAAAACAAGAGCACAUUGAGAAGGACUUCUGCUGCCUGAGGUCCUGUACUCCAGAUACUGUGUCCUACAGGACUGAGAGUGGCUCAGAUUUCUUCAAGGAUAUAGUGGAAGUAUUUAAUCAGCACGCUUGUGAGGAUGAGAUUUUGGAGCUUUUCAGAAAGGUAAUGUCCUUGAAGUUUAAGGAGAAUCAUCCACGUCAAAUGCCAUGCAUAGACAGAACAACAUUGUCUAAAAAGGUCUACCUCUUCCCUGGGCUGUGAAAUAAAAUCUGCUCUCCUUUAUAAGAAAUGUGAUCACAAUAAUGUCCUCUUUUUAAGCC